GUUAGGUGUUGCUAAUUUUAGUGAUUGAUUGAUUGGAAAAACCUUUGAUAGCGUCCAGGUCCAGGAAAGAUAAAUUUACAGGAGAGAUAGUUUGAUAUGUAUAUUUGUGUGCGUGUGUGUGUGUGUUUGCAGAUACACGCUCGCGUAGAAAAAGAUGUAGGAAUUUAUUUAGAAGAGGGGAGUGAUGUAUAAUGAGGAAAAAAUAAAAAUAAAAAUAACAACACAUGCACAAAGGCAGGAAAAGAUAGAAAAAAGUAAAGUAACGGACGUAGUAUGAAGCAUGAAUAAAAAUGAUGUGAGAGAGAAGAGAGGGCAGAGAGAAGGGAAAAAAAAAUUGUGUUGAGUGCAAGGUCAGCCAAUCAGUUGGGAACGGCUUGCCAAUGUCGGCACUUACAUCGUCUCUGGCAGGACGGCGCCGCCUUACAAGCUAAUCUGCCUCUGGUGUAUUGACCACCAGUUUGUAUGUGGGCAUGCUGCUUUGUAAUAGGGGUUUCAAUGUGGCUAGUUCUCCCAUAGGGACCAGCUACAUAUACAGCAUAGCCAUGUUGAUGAGAUCCCUUAAGAGUAAAAUAGGAAAAUAAUGAUUGUUCGAGUGUAUGAUGGCAACAUGUAGAAAGAGAGAAGUGACUGAUGUUAGACACAGUGUGGGUUACUUGCCAUCUCUGUUCACUGUUGAGAAAACUCAGCUGAGCUCAAAAGAGCGUGUCAACAGAGCAGACACUACAGAAUUGAUUAGUUACUCAUCAGUAAUCAUGCCACCAGCUUUUGCUGAUUAUCGAGUUGGCCUGGCCAAUGAAGAUGAAGAUGAUAAACAUGCUGACUGCCACCAAGACCCACUGGCUCCUCAUCAGCAAAGCAACUCUAUUCAGUCCCACUUAGUGGAGGUCAGUCAUAAUCAAGUACCCUCGACAACUGCCACAUUGUUUACUGCUGCUCAUCACACAUCCUCACCAUCUCCUGCUCAUGCCAUUAUAGGCAUUGACCAUUUAGCUAGUCAUGAAAUGUCCAGUGGUUUGCUGAGGACAGACAGUUCUUGCAGUGAUCUGGAUGUUACCACUAUUAAUGACCGAGAUUUCACGGAUAACAAAAGUUGUGUUCCUGAUACUCUUGGUGCUGAAACUGUUGUAGAAACCAGCUCACUUGAUGGCAACAAAUUACUUAGUGCUGCCCUUGCGUCAAAACGUCUGACUCAAGUGGACAACUGUUCAAAGGGAACUAUUGACUCCAGCUACUUGAUGUUAGAUGAUGAUAGCAAAGUUGGUAAUAAAGUUAUCCAGGCUGAAGAUUUGGUGGAAAUUCUAGAAACCCAGACCUUGCAAGCGUUUCUAGCACAAAGGGAUUCUGGCAUCUCAUCUCACCCCAUUGCUCCAGAGAGAAAUAUUGAUCCUUGUGUUGGAGGUGGCCACCCUAUGACCAAAGGAAUGUCAAUUGUAUAUGUUGGUGAUGGUGGCAUGCAACUAGUACCAGCCGAUACCAUGGAAGAAAAUAACGUGCUAUCAAAAGAUAUGAUGAAACGCGAACGUGACAAAAUCAAGAAACGUGAACAGAGAGCGAAUCCGAUGUACAGAGCAAAAGAAAAGGAGAAGGCCAAGGCAAGGAUGCGCAUGAUGAGAGCUGAUCCCAACUACAGAGAACGUGAAAGACGUCGGGAUAGGAUCCGAAGAAAAAUCUCUCGUCAACAGAAUAAUGAACUGCGCCAAAAAGAAAAAGACCGAGAUAAAGAAUAUAAACGACUUCAUCGGAAUUUGCCGUUAAACAGUGUGAUGAAUGAGGUUGAAAUUGGUACCAAUGAAGAUAGUAUGGCUGGAAGCAGUAUAGGAACAAGAAUUGGUUCUGGUGGUGCAAAGACCGUAUUAGAAUUACAUCCUGAACAUUUUGCUCUACGACACUCAAUGUUAUCUGAUACGGGCUUAGGCUCGACAGAUAGUAAUAGCAUAGAUGAUGGGGACAGAGUAGGUGGCCAUCUUUCUGAAAUUGGGGGUUUAGUCCCACAGCUUAACUGUGUAACACUUGAAGGGGCUCGUGCUGAAGCUGUGCUUGCUUGUCCUGUCACUUUACAAUACACAUUAAAUACAGAUCAACGCCUCUUGACGUGAAGAUAAUGCUGCAGAUGUGAAUGACACCUUCAGUUUUCCACCUAUUGCUAGGCCCUUCAUUUUAUUUAUUUUUAUCCCCACAUUAGAUGUUUAUAUGGGGUAACAACUACGGUGCAACUCGUCUUGAUUGAUGGUAGUGGCGAUAAAUUGACUGUACACUGACAUAAACACACUUGUGCCUGGGACACAUGUGUCUUUUUCCUUCUCCCAUGGCUUUAUGAAGCUGAACAAUGGCUAAUAUUACUAUAUGGAUUAAUCACACCAGUGUUGAUCUAACCUGGAUGAAUGUUAUGUAUUUAUGUAGAUGUGUGUGUGUAUGUAUAAAAAGAGAGAGCGCGAGAUCAGUGUGUCUUACUGUGUGUGUGUAUAUAUAUAUAUAGCCAUACAUAUACACACAUGCAAGUAUGUAUGUGUGUGAAUUUUCAUUUAUAUAUGAAGUUUGGAGCAGUACAACUAUUUGUUCAGUUAAAUUGUGCAUUAUAAGAAUCAGUGCUUGAAUUGUUAACAAAAAGAAAAAAGAAAAAAAGAAAAAGUAAAGAAUUAUGUCCUGCUGUCUUACUUUCUGCUUGCUGGCUCUUCAUCUCCUGUUGAGGCUCAUAUACUUUAUAUCAAACACAGCUUUUAUUAUAUUUGUUUUGCUGUUUAACUUAACACAAAGUUAAUCAUUAGUUUUGCUUUGUGUUUGUGGCUGUGUUUUUUUUUUAUUUUGUUCGUGUCUGCUUUGAUCUUGCAAACAAAAAUCAAAAUGGUAAAAAAAUAUAUAACAAAACAAAACAGGAUUUUACUGCACAAAUUUCAGAUUAGAACACAAACCAAGAAUUAAUCUUAUUUGUUUGCAUCAAUUUCAUCUGUACAUCAUUUGGUUUGUUUUUUAUUCAUCAAUUCUAAAAUAGGCAGUUUAUCAAAUCAUAUGGCUUUUUAAAACAAAUUUUUGUUCAAGACCUCUCAGUUAGUUGUCCAAAUGAUGAUCUAACAUGGCCUUUUUUCUAUUUUUUUUAAAAAUAUAUUUUUAGUCUGACAAAUUGUGCAAAGUUUCUCUGAGGCGUUAUUCAUUUUACCAAGAUCAGUAGAGAAUAAACAGAUUGUUGUUGGUUAC